AUGCCGUCAACUCGCUCACUGCGUUCUCAUGCUGCUUCAGGCUCAUCGCCUGACGGACAAGAUGCUAACAUCUCGACAAGGUCUGGUCGCCUCACACGAGGAGCCGCAGCCGCAACCAUUAACCCCGCUACUUCGGUGACUGUGUCACGCUCGACAGGCGCGUCGCCCGGCGCCAAGUCUAUUCAUCUUACCGUCAAGAUGUCUUCAAGCAAACUCCGGCAGGUGACCAACCAUAGAAGCAGUCGAGCGACUGCUUCCACUUCUAGUCGCCACAACAUCUUUACUGAGGAUCCAGUGGUCCACGGUAAGCGUAGCAGUAGGAACAAUAGGAACCUCAAAGAAAUCAGUGAGGAUGAAGAAGACGAUGAUUUGGUCGAGGAAGAUGACGAAGAUGUUGAAGAAGAAGCCGGGGAUUCGGAAGACGCCGCUGGCGAGGAAGAUGAACUGGAUGCCGAUGGGGACCUAGACAUGGAUGACGAAACACCUCAGCCAGCAGUAUCAAGGCGAAAUCAACGCCAGCAGCCGGCUACUAAAUCCAAGCCAGUCAAGCCAGUCGAAGAGAAGGAAAUGGAACUUGCAGACGACGAUGAUGAAAAUGAGGAGUUGUCUGAACUUGAGAGCGACGCCGAAGGCGAGCCUGACGAUACCAUGCUUCAAGAUGAGGAGAUGGGCGAAGCCGGUGAGGAAGAGGAAGAAGUCGAUGAGGAAGAUGAAGUAAUUGAAGAGGAAGAAGACGAUGGCCUAGGCUCAGAUGACGACAGCGCAUUAGACCUCACCAAACUGACCAAACGUCAGCGAGGUUCAUUGGGCACGGAUUUCUUGCAAUUACCCAUGGAACCGCAAGUCAAGAAACAUCUCACCGCAGAAGAGCAUGCUAUGCGACGAGCUGAAAUGGCUCGACGAAGAAAGAAUUUAAGCGAGAAGCGAAAUGAAGAAGAGAAGAUGGAUACCAUUAACCGACUACUCAAAAAACAAGCACCGAAACGCCGUGGCCGGGUGCCGGUGGGUGAACUAGGUGGUGAAGCUACCCCAGACGUCGCUGUUGAGCCUGAGAAACCAGACGUGACUGUUGUACGCUGGAUCAGUACCAGUGAAGGAUGCAGAGUAGCGGUUCCUACAGAAAUGCUUGGAACACCAGCUUCUCAUCCAUUUGGAGGGUUGGCCGUGGGUGCGGCUUCGGGAAACAAGCUUAUUGAAGAGGUUUAA